AUGGAGCGCGCCGGCGCCGCGCCGGGAGGAGCCCCGCCCGGCCGCCUGCCCACCAAGCGCCGCCCGCCCGGCCCCUCGGCCUCCAGCCCGGCCCUCGGGGCGGACCCCCCGCGCCUCUUCGAGGACACCAGCGCCGGCGCCUUCCUGGCCCAGCCCGUCUCCAGCUUCGCCGCCGCCUACGGGAGCAGCCUGGCCAGCCAGGGCAAGGAGAUCGUGGGCAGGAACAUCGACCGCUUUGUCCCCGUGACCAAGCUGAAGUACUACUUUGCUGUGGACACCGUCUAUGUGGGCAGGAAGCUGGGGCUGCUCCUCUUCCCCUUCCUGCACCAGGACUGGCAGGUGCAGUACCAGCAGGACACCCCUGUGGCCCCCCGGUUUGAUGUCAAUGCUCCCGACCUCUACAUUCCAGUCAUGGCGUUCAUCACCUAUGUCCUGGUGGCAGGGCUGGCGCUGGGGACCCAGAACAGAUUCUCCCCCGACCUGCUGGGCUUGCAGGCGAGCUCAGCCCUGGCCUGGCUCAUUGUGGAGGUGCUGGCCAUUCUGCUCAGCCUCUACCUGGUCACCGUCAACACCGACCUCUCCACCAUUGACCUGGUGGCCUUCUCAGGGUACAAGUACGUUGGGAUGAUUGUCGGCCUCCUGGCUGGGCUCCUCUUUGGGAAGACGGGUUAUUACCUGCUGCUGAGCUGGUGCUGCAUCACAAUCUUUGUCUUCAUGAUCAGGACCCUGCGCCUGAAGAUCCUGUCGGAGGCAGCGGCCGAGGGGGUGCUGGUGCGGGGAGCCAAGAACCAGCUGCGCAUGUACCUGACCAUGGCUGUGGCCGGCCUGCAGCCACUCAUCAUGUACUGGCUGACCUUUCACCUCAUCUACUGAUGGACCGGUCUGCCAAGGGGGCAGGGCGGGGGUCCUCACUCCUGGUUGCGGUCUGGGUGGCAGG